AUGAUUAAAUCCAUCCUUGCUAUUUCAUCUGACAAGUUAGACUCUCUUGAUGUGCCAAAGUUAAUCACGUACGAACGCAAUAUCAUCAAAGAAGGAGUGGAGAUAUUAACACCCUUUGAAGAGGCUACCGAUUUCGCACAGAUCGAAGACUAUCCCUCUGCUGGUUAUGUUCUUCCAAGUAUUAGGGGUUUGGAGCAUCAGUUAAAUAAUGUGAUAACAAAAUAUCAUUGCUCAUUUCUUCAUGCACUUAAGGAUUCCCUAUCGAGGCGAAUGGUUGUAUAUGAAGCAAAUGAUGAUUACAUCUUAGCUGCCAUACUUGAUCCUCGUUUCAAGUUGCUGUGGUGUAGAAAUGACGAUGAAAAGAAAAGAGCUGAGGCUCUUUUAACAGCAGAGAUGGCAAAAGUAAAACCACAAGACAUAUCUGAUGUCACUGAAGAAGAAACAUCUAUUUGCAAACCACCUAAGAAGAAAUGUAAGAUCUUUACUUUUAUGGAUGAAGACAGAGACAAGCAUACACAAAGUACACGGAGUAUUACUGAGCAGAAAUUAGAGAUACAAAAGUACCUUGAGGAUCCACAUGAAGAUGACAAAACAUGCCCACUACAAUAUUGGAAGGCCCAUCGAAAUGUUUAUCCCACACUAGCAGAAGUAGCAACAACUGUCCUGGGAAUUCCAGCCUCCUCUGCAGCAGUUGAACGUCUAUUCAGGGUGAAGUUGUUGCUCAGCAGCACAUCUCACACAUUGGGACUUUCAGAGGUUGGUAGGUCUGAAUAUGACACCUUCUUGACGCAGUCUCUGCCACCCACACGUAGAAUGCCAGAUGAGUGA